AUUCCAAAAACAAAAAAUAACCGAUCUGGAAAAACUCGAAUGAAUAAAAUCGCGGAUGAAGAAUUCCGGUGACGGAGACAGAUGUUGAUGCCCUAGCGCAGUCCGACGAGGGAGAAACAACGAAGAACAGACAUGGAGAUCUCCGGCAGCGCAACACAGCUUAUAGAACCAUGCAUGAAGUGGUUGGUUUCACGGGCUACGUGAGAGAGAUAGAAUGCAAGAGAGUGUAUGAUGAUCCACUAUUUACCGAGACGAAGGGCGGCGGCGGCGGGAGGCGGCGGGUCUACGUCCCGGGGCCGAUCAUCGUCGGGGCCGGACCGGCGGGGCUGGCGGCGGCGGCGUGCCUGAAGGCGAGAGGCGUGCCGAGCGUGGUGCUGGAGAGGUGCAACUGCAUCGCCUCGCUGUGGCAGCUGAGGACGUACGACCGCCUCCGCCUCCACCUCCCGCGCCAGUUCUGUGAGCUCCCGAUGAUGCCCUUCCCCGCCUCGUACCCGACGUACCCGUCGAAGCGGCUCUUCGUCGAGUACCUCGAGCUGUACGCGGAGCGGUUCGGCGUCCGUCCGGUCUUCAACCGGACCGUGGUGUCCGCGGAGCGGGACGACGAGGGGGGGUUCUGGAGGGUGAAGGUGGAGGCGGGGGAGGAGUACGUGAGCCGGUGGGUGGUGGUGGCGACGGGGGAGAAUGCGGAGGCGGUGGCACCGAGGGUGGAGGGGGCGGAGGAGUUCCGGGGGGAGAUGAUACACACGAGUAGAUACAAGAGUGGGGAGAUGUAUAGGGGGAAGAAGGUAUUGGUGGUAGGGUGUGGGAACUCAGGAAUGGAAGUCUGUUUGGAUCUCUCCCAAUUUAAUGCCUUUCCUUCUCUUGUGGUUAGAGACAAAGUGCAUGUCCUACCACAAGAGAUGUUGGGAAAGUCAACUUUCGAGCUUGCCAUGUGGUUACUCAAGUGGUUCCCCACGCGCCUUGUUGACCGCUUUCUUUUAGCCGCUUCGCGCCUCCUACUUGGAGACACGUCACGGUUCGGCCUUAACCGCCCCAAGACGGGACCGUUGGAGUUGAAGAAUGUCUCUGGGAAGACGCCCGUCCUAGACAUCGGGACAUUGUCCAAAAUCAAAAGCGGAGACAUCAAGGUGUGUCCGGGGAUAAGGAGAGUAAAGCGGCACACCGUGGAGUUUGUGAACGGUAAAGAGGAAGCUUUUGACGCUAUCAUCUUUGCCACUGGUUACAAAAGCAACGUCUCCUCUUGGCUUAAGGAAAAGGAGACGUUUUCGGAGAAAGAGGGGCUGCUGAGGAAGCCAUUUCCGAAUGGGUGGAAGGGAGAGAGCACGGGGCUAUACACGGUGGGGUUUACGAAACGUGGAUUGUUGGGUGCUGCCAUGGAUGCUCAAAGUAUUGCCCAAGACAUUUCAAAAUUAUAUCAUACAUAUACAUGCAAUGGCCUUGGAUAAGUCUUAAGUUACACUUGGGACGGGUACUUAUUUGGAGACGCGGGAAACACGAAUGAACUCUUCCAGCUUUUAUGAUCGAGAUUUGGGUGUUGGGAGAUGUCCCCUGAUGGAUAUGCACACGAGGACGUUUCGAAGAUGAGAAGCAACACUUAUUUGAAGAAUUCCUGCAACACAGAGACCUGAUAUGCAAGCAUGCCCCCAAUUCACUCUUUGAUUUAAUAUUCCCACCAUUCACAUUUACUUGACUAUUAUCACUUUAAGUGAAACAUAAAAAGUCAAAUGAAUAUAUGAAUGUAAACAUG